AUGAGUAAUCCUAACUCUCCGCUGGAGAUUCCUCCCCUUUCCGAUUUCCCAGCAAGGCCGGAGGACCUCGAGCAUCCGCCGCCGCCCUUGCCUCUUUUCGAUUUCACCCGUCUUCCUAAUCCGCCUGACGACUGGUCUCAUUUCAAUAUUAAAUUCAGGGGUCAUAGUCGUGCCUUGAGGCUCCCGCAGGUGCAAGUGUUGUUGAAGCAUUACUUCUGGGGAAUGCAUUAUGAGGAAUCGCACAAGACCUCCCAGACAACGAGAAAGCAGCCAACUCUUAAGGCCCAGCAGAUGAUUUUGUUCAAGCUCAUCUACUACAUGCAAGAACGUCAUCGUCCGAAGACUUGGUUCGAAAUGCUCAAUGUUAACCGAGAUUCUGGGCCACGACUCUUGAGAUACGACCUCAAUCCGCGCCCAAAGCCACUCAGUAGGUGGUACAAUACUGCUCCGGAUGUGAGCACACGUAUCAUGAAUGCAUAUAUACGCCCUAUGGACGUGCCACCAGAUAUGCCCGACUACCUUGUUCAACAGUAUAUGUACUCAGCUGACAGCUUGUUCACACCACCCCCACCCCCACCACCUCCAGCGCCAACACUCCAGGUACAGCAAGAGGAAGUCCUUCGUAUGCAUCUGCUACAACACAUGAACCCGGGAGUCGAAUUUACACCGGCCUUCUCAUUGACUGAUCCGCCAGGUACGAAGAUACCAGGUCCUGCGCCAGGCCAAAAACGAGGUGUAGAUGAAGGGAAGGAAUCUCGUAGCAAGCGCGCGAGACAAAUUUCGCCCGGCGCUCCUGCUUACCGAGGUCGCCCUCGUUCUCCCACUCCACCGUUUCAAGAACCCGUCUUUGCGGCUGAGGAUAUCACAACUUUCACCUGGACGCCUAGUCUGGCACCUUCCUCUAAAGUGGCACCGAUUGGAGUGCACCGUCUAAGCCCCAUUACUCCGAAACCCCCACGCCCGGUUGACACGCGAAAAAUUACAGACGCCAUAGAACGAGCUGUGAUGCAGAUCGUGUAUGCUGACUUGGACCGUGAUCCCAGCAUUCCGUCUACUGAAAAACCCGUUUGCCUCCGGACCGCCCAGUCCUACAGGGAUCUGCUCUCGAUGAAACUUGGAGCCUUCCCCACCACGUCGACUGUAAAGCUGUCGCCAUUAACCUUCGAUUGGGAUCCAAAUGGCAGAUCAUACCCGGUCCGUGGCCGCGGUCCUAUCUGGGACUCUAUGUCUUGUGCCACGGAUGCUGUUAUUGUAGCGGCGAUGCUACUCGAUGCUGGUUGUACCAAGAUAGAUCGCGCACACAAUCGGGCAGCUGAGUUCAAACCUCUUGAAAAAGCAUUCAUCGAAGUGACAAUGGCGAGCUGGGAGACCUUUGAUGACAAGACUUCUAUAUUUGUGCGUGACGAGUGGCUCCGGAUGUUCAUCGAUAGCUCAAGCGGCUUGAAGAUGGGAGAACCGAUUCCUCCUUGGGCAGUAUGGUCGGCGGCCACAAGAAGCUUCGCUCAAUUCCGCUAUCACCACGUUGAGCGAGUGACCCCUUGCCACUGUCAGUUCGCCGUUCCGUUCUACAACUCUCACCAAGGGUCCUGCAUUUUACCUGGCUACCAACAAGGUGAUGAAAGAGGAGUAGAUUUGCAAGAGUUGAUCGAGCGAUGUUUCUACCCACGAAAGUCUUUCAAAUGUGAUAAGUGUGGUGAUCCGAUGGGAGUUACUGGAGAACGAAAGAUCGGUCAACUCCCACUGCGUCUGGUGAUAACAUCAGAUAUCAAGACGCGAAUUAAAAAUCACACAGAGAACCUCAAGUUUAAUUACAUAGACUAUGAAGACAAGCAGCAGAUCGCACACUAUCGUUGGCUUGGCGGCAUAUAUAACAACGAAUCCCAUGCUCGUUUAUUCUGGACUGAUACGAAACGAGGCGAGAAAGAUCUUUCGAAUAUUAUGAUGUACGAUAGCCAAGUCAAUUCCGGGGUAAUUGUCGGUGGAAUUACAUCAUUUCAACCGGAAGAGAAAGUACCCCCUGAAUGGUUUCACCGUAAGGCUAUUCCUCUCAUUUUCUAUGAGCGCAUCUUGAAUCCCACCCCCGACCUUUUGGCAAAGGCCAACAACGCGAUUCUUGAGCUGAACAAUUGCGUGAGCGAGAACAAGAACGUUCUUGAAGAACACAUCCCUUGGAAACCAUCAAUUCCUCUGCGACAGCCGGAUUCAUGGCCUCGUCUGCUUUCACACAACGGCGAACGCUUCAGCAGUUUCAACCCCAGCUGGGCAACACCGAACCCACCCCCCAAACCAACCAUUGAAAAGCCUGCUGUACCCGAUCUGCCCCUAAGUCACAUUGAUCCGGCACUGUUUGAUCCAUUAGUCAUUGACCCAACACUCAUUGAUCCAUUGCUUUUUUCCACAAACACACCUCCGGAAUUCGACUUGUCCUCAAUAUUCACCGCGACGAGGCUUGAGAACCAAGUGAGCACCAAGCAAGAGGAACCUGAGGAUGAGACCAAUAGCCAUAUAUUCCAGUCGAUGCUGCAGGAUCCGCGCUGGCUCGGUCAACAUCCUGAAAGGUGGCCUUCAGGUCUACCUGGUGAGGAAGGAGUUUUGGAUUUCCCCGAGCUGCCUAUGUCUCCCCCAACGCCGCAAUCGCCCCAACUAGGCAAUUGCAGAGGCACUGGAUGGUCAAAUGCUACCAUGCCAGAUGCGGAGGAGGCUAUGGCUGAGAUUCGAAAUCGACACUUUGACAGUACGCACGGUAAUCAACUCAAGAGGUCCGCGAUGGCAAACUACGCUAUGGCGAAGCAGGUCUUAGAUCCGAUGCAGAAGCAGGCCCUACAUUCAAAGAAUAUACAUGAAUUCAACUCGAGGAAGAGAUAUAGUGAUGCAGAAUCGGAGGAGAGGGAAAGAAACGAGGAGCGCCACCGACAGAUGAUAGAAAAGCAAAAGAAGCAGGAUCAAGAUCGAAAGAAAAGAGAGGAGCGGAAAAAACAAGAGGAGCUCGAACUAAAGAAGAGAGAGGAAGGGAAAGGGCAAAUGGAGCUCGAUAAGAAGAGAGAACAGGAAGAGCAAGAUGAAAGUGAAGAAUUGCCGGAGAAAGACCCGAAAUGGACGAGAGAGGCAUACUAUAAACAGCAAAGACAACGGGAAGAACAGAAGAAGCAGAUAGAGGCGACGCCGAAGAUAUCAAGAAGACGGGGACUAAGGAAUUCGAGGAAGAAAGACAACGAUCCGACAUGGCAGCCUGGUGGUAGUGACAGUGACGCUGAUGAGGAUGAAGCUGAUGAAGCUGAAGAAGAUGAGCUGCCUUGA